CUGAAUUAUCAUCCAAUCGAUGCAUGGCCACUAGCGAUUAACUCAGGCGGGCGUUCGCCUUGGCUUCGAUUCCUCUCCCCUGCAAUCCCCCUCCCCCCAGGGCAGUGAGGGAGCACAUUUUUCUCCAACUUCACCUUCUUUCGUUAACCCCUCUAAUCGUGCAGGCAGGCAGCGCCUCCUCCAAUUUACACAAUAAUCAUACAGUCCCUCGUUCACCUCCUCUGCAUGCCUUGAACACUCACGUAUGCCCCAAUUUAUCCCUGGGAACACCAGCAACAACAACACCACCGGCCUCGAGCGGCGCCUGGGGGACCCGAACGUCGAGGAGUAUGUGUUCCCGAUCCUCAUCGCUCUGGCGUGGUGCAACGCCCUGGAGCUGCUCGUGCUGUGCUUCAACACCUUCAAGCGGUACGCGGGCUCCUACUUCUGGAGCCUCCUGGUCGCCUCCGUGAGCAUCCUCCCCUUCGGGCUGGGCUACCUGCUCAAGAUGUUCGACAUCACCGCCACGCACUUCUACCUGGAGAUCGCCAUCUCCGACCUCGGCUGGGCCGGCAUGGUCACCGGCCAGUCGCUGGUGCUGUGGUCGCGGCUGCACCUGGUCGUGCACAACCGGCGCCUGCUGCGCGCGCUGUUCUACCUCAUCAUCAUCGACGGCGUGCUGCUGCACGGCUGCGCCACCGCCCUGGAGUUCGCGACCAACGCCCGCCCCGACUCGCCGGCCGUCUCGCUCGGGUUCGGCGUCAUCGAACGCAUCCAGGUCACCUGGUUCUGCGUCCAGGAGCUGCUCCUCUCCGGCGUGUACAUCGUCGCGACCGCCCGCCUGCUCCGCCUGGACAGCGGCAGCCCCUCGUCGCGCGCCCUCCUCUCCCAGCUGCUGCUCGUCAACGUCGUCAUCGUCUUCCUGGACCUCGCCGUCGUCGCCAUCCAGUGGGCCGGCUUCUUCACCUUCCAGGUCACCUUCAAGGCCCUCGCCUACAGCAUCAAGCUGAAGCUCGAGUAUAUCAUUCUGGGGAGGCUCGUCGACGUCGCCCACAUCCGGACGCAGGGCGCCGGGCCCCGGUUUCGCAUAUAACCUAGAGAUAGACACAAAAAGUCCGGCUGGACGCAACGUAUUUUGGAUAGUCGUUGUUCUAUGUAUAUAAUUUUUACCCCUUUUUCAGCCGUGUACAUCCAAUAGAGAGCCUGG